AUGAUUACUCAAUUCGAGUUUCUACAACCAGUAGGGAUCCACGAUAGGUUCAGAUUCGCUACCUGUUGCAGUAACAGUCUACUCCAUUCGCAUACUUCGAGCUUCUUCUUCGAUCGGAGUAAGGUUUUUCGCCGGAAUCCAAACCGGUUCAUCCCCAAUUCAACCCCGCUUCCUCUGCAGAAGAAACCGGUUACAGCGUUGAGAAAUGAUAAAAGGUUCAAUCUUUGGGAUGGGUUUUCGAGGAAGAAGAGAGGGACGGUUGUGAAUUGUCAAGAAGACGACAAGAAAGCGAGUUCUAGUGAGAGUAGUAGUGAGGCAGAAGAAGGCCAAGAUUCUUCAUCUUCGAAGGGGAAGAGAGAGAAGGAAAGGAAAGAUAGGGUUUGGUGGUCAAAGGAGAAGAGAAGGGAGUGGCAGCCGAUAAUCCAGGCGCAGGGGAUUGGAGUUUUGCUGUUGCAAUUGGGCGUUGUUAUGUUUGUGAUGAGACUGCUCCGACCUGGGAUACCUUUACCUGGUUCUGAGCCACGGGUUCAGACGACUUUCGUUAGGGUACCGUACAGUGAGUUCUUGAGUAAAGUUAACAGUAACCAGGUGCAGAAAGUGGAAGUGGAUGGGGUUCAAGUUUUGUUUAAGCUGAAAGAUGAUGGGAAAUGGCAAGAGAGUGAGUCUGGUAGUAGGUUGUCUGAGUCUACUGAGUCUCUGCUAAGGACGGUUACUCCAACGAAGAGAAUUGUGUAUUCGACCAUAAGGCCUGGUGACAUUAAAACACCGUAUGAGAAGAUGCUUGGGAAUAAUGUUGAGUUCGGGUCGCCCGAUAAACGCUCUGGUGGUUUCUUUAGCUCUGGAUUUCUAGUUCUUUUCUACAUGGCGGUGCUUGUAUGGCUUAUUCAACGAUUCCCUCUUAGCUUCUCCAUGAGUACAACUGGUCAGCUUAAGACCCGAAAGUCUGGUAGUUCUGAUGGGGGAAAAGUCUCUGGUGGUGGUGAAACAAUCACUUUUGCAGAUGUUGCAGGUGUUGAUGAAGCAAAGGAAGAGCUAGAAGAAAUCGUGGAAUUUCUUAGGAAUCCUGACAGGUAUGUACGUUUAGGUGCACGUCCUCCUCGUGGUGUCCUAUUGGUUGGUCUUCCUGGAACAGGGAAAACGCUUCUUGCAAAGGCUGUUGCUGGGGAAGCUGAAGUCCCCUUCAUAAGUUGCUCUGCAAGUGAGUUUGUAGAGCUGUAUGUCGGUAUGGGUGCCUCACGUGUAAGGGAUCUAUUUGCCCGGGCCAAGAAAGAAGCUCCGUCUAUCAUAUUUAUUGAUGAGAUAGAUGCUGUGGCAAAAAGCCGUGAUGGUAAAUUCAGGAUCGCCAGCAAUGAUGAACGGGAGCAAACGUUGAACCAGCUGCUCACUGAGAUGGAUGGUUUUGACAGCAGUUCUGCGGUUAUCGUUCUUGGUGCUACAAAUCGUGCUGAUGUCUUAGACCCGGCUCUGCGUCGCCCUGGGAGAUUUGAUCGUGUUGUUACGGUGGAAACGCCUGACAAAGUUGGAAGAGAAUCCAUUUUGAGAGUGCAUGUGCUAAAGAAAGAGCUUCCUUUGGGAAAUGACGUUAAUCUUGGUAGUAUUGCCUCGAUGACCACUGGUUUUACUGGGGCGGACCUUGCUAACUUGGUAAAUGAGGCUGCCUUGCUAGCUGGAAGAAUGAGCAAGACGACUGUUGACAAAAUUGACUUUAUUCAAGCUGUGGAGCGAUCAAUAGCAGGCAUAGAGAAGAAAACUGCAAGAUUAAAAGGCAAUGAGAAGGGUGUGGUUGCAAGGCAUGAAGCUGGGCAUGCAGUGGUUGGUACUGCUGUUGCAAAACUUCUUACUGGACAGCCACGUGUAGAGAAAUUAAGUAUAUUGCCAAGAACCGGAGGGGCAUUGGGCUUUACUUACAUACCUCCUACCAACGAAGACAGAUAUUUGCUCUUCAUCGAUGAACUGCUUGGACGUUUGGUAACCCUUCUUGGAGGUCGUGCAGCUGAAGAGGUUGUGUACUCGGGGCGUGUAUCAACAGGUGCAUUUGACGAUAUCAGGCGGGCAACUGAUAUGGCGUACAAAGCAGUAGCUGAAUAUGGUCUGAACCAGAAAAUCGGACCUGUGUCUCUGUCCACACUUUCUGGUGGUGGGAUUGAUGAAUCGGGAGGCUCACCAUGGGGUGGGGAUCAGGGGAAACUAGUUGAUCUUGUUCAAAGAGAAGUGACAAAUCUGUUACACUCUGCUCUUGAUGUUGCACUUUCUGUUGUACGUGCUAAUCUAGAUGUAUUGGAAGGACUUGGCGCUCAUCUUGAAGAGAAAGAGAAAGUAGAAGGUGAAGAUUUGCAGAAGUGGUUGAGUAUGGUGGUCGCACCUGAAGAACUCGCAGUCUUUGUCAAAGGAAAGCAAGAGGCUUUGCUCCCUGCAAGAGCUAGCUCCAGUUAA